GGUGGCUUCCUCCCGCCCCGCGCCCGCCUCCCGGCCGGAUGUCUGCUGUCACGCCCGGGAGCCCGAGCCGGAGCGGCGUCCGCGCGGCCGGAGCGCCCCCCGCAGCCUCGGGAGGAGCGCGGGGUGCAGCGCCGCAGCAGAAGGAAAUCUUAAUCUUCCCUGAAGUGUGGAGACCCCUAAGUGACAUCUGUAGCAUCGUAGGGUGAAACUCAUAAAAGAAUGUCUUUAUCUUGGGCAGAAGAAAAGCAAAGAGGCUCUUAAGGAACCUCUUUCUGGAGCUAUAAAGACAAAGGGAAGAAUCAUGUCCGUGAUUGCAGCUUUCUAUGGCGGCAAGUCUAUUCUCAUCACCGGGGCCACAGGCUUCCUGGGCAAAGUGCUGAUGGAGAAGCUGUUUCGCACCAGCCCCGACCUGAAAGUCAUUUACAUCCUUGUGAGGCCCAAGGCUGGCCAGACGCUGCAGCAGAGGGUUUUCCAGAUCCUAAAUAGCAAGCUGUUUGAAAAAGUCAAAGAAGUUUGUCCAAAUGUGCAUGAGAAGAUCAGAGCCAUUUAUGCAGAUCUCAAUCAUAAUGACUUCGGCAUCAGCAAGGCUGACCUGCAGGAGCUCCUCUCCUGUACGAACAUCAUCUUCCACUGUGCGGCCACGGUGCGCUUCGAUGAUCAUCUGCGACAUGCUGUGCAACUUAACGUCACUGCCACCCAGCAGCUCUUGCUCAUGGCCAGUCAGAUGCCCAGGCUUGAAGCCUUCAUACAUAUCUCCACUGCCUUUGCAAACUGCAACCUGAAGCACAUCGAUGAGGUCAUCUAUCCAUGCCCUGUGGAACCAAAAAAAAUCAUUGAUUCUAUGGAGUGGUUAGACGACGCUAUUAUCGACGAGAUCACACCCAAGCUGAUCGGGGACCGGCCCAAUACUUACACCUACACCAAAGCCUUGGGAGAGAUGGUGGUGCAGCAGGAGAGCGGGAACCUGAACAUCGCCAUCAUCAGGCCCUCCAUUGUGGGCGCGACCUGGCAGGAGCCUUUCCCGGGCUGGGUUGAUAACCUAAAUGGACCUAGUGGGCUCAUUAUUGCGACUGGGAAAGGGUUUCUUCGGGCCCUAAAAGCUACUCCGAUGGCUGUGGCCGAUUUAAUUCCAGUUGAUACAGUCGUCAACCUCAUGUUGGCUGUAGGAUGGUACACGGCGAUUCACAGACCUAAAUCAACGUUAAUCUAUCACUGUACAUCUGGUAACUUCAAUCCUUGUAAUUGGGGUAAAAUGGGAUUCCAAAUCUUGGCCACCUUUGAGAAGAUCCCGUUGGAGAGAGCCUUCAGGAGGCCGUGUGCUGACUUCACCACCAGCAACAUCACCACGCAGUACUGGAACGCCAUCAGCCACCGGGCGCCAGCCAUCAUCUACGACUUCUACCUGCGACUCACGGGAAGGAAGCCCAGGAUGACAAAGCUCAUGAAUCGACUUUUAAGAACCGUUUCCAUGCUGGAGUAUUUUGUCAAUCAUAGUUGGGAAUGGAGCACAUACAAUACAGAAAUGCUGAUGUCCGAGCUGAGUCCUGAAGACCAGAGAGUAUUCAACUUUGAUGUACGCCAGCUGAACUGGUUGGAAUAUAUUGAAAAUUAUGUUUUAGGGGUUAAGAAGUACUUACUGAAAGAGGAUAUGGCUGGAGUCCCAGAAGCAAAGCAACACUUAAGAAAGUUACGAAACAUCCACUACCUCUUUAACACCGCCCUCUUGCUCAUCGCCUGGCGCCUUCUCAUCACAAGAUCCCAGGUGGCUCGGAAUGUCUGGUUCUUCAUCGUGAGCUUCUGUUACAAAUUCCUGUCCUACUUCAGGGCAUCCGGCACGCUGAAGGCCUAAGAACGUUUGACAAUCCCCUUUUAUCUGGAACCUCUCAGAUACCUCUAAAACAGCAAACUGUGGUUCUGAAGAUUAGGAAGUAACAAAGAAUACGCCCAAGCUGUCUGUCUGUCAAAUGUGCCAUCAUGUAUUCGACCCUAUUUCUUCACUAUGUUCUUUUUACUUCAGUGAAAGAAGGAAAGUCGUAUCCUAACUUAUAAUCAUUCAUAAUUUAAGAAAAAAUAUUUCCAGACUGUUUCCUAUUUCCUCUAAUCUAUGCCCUUGAAUAUAAAACAUGAAAGUAUACCCAUCUUUCUAUA